AACCAGGAAAACUUAAGCCACCAGCUGUUCCUCAACUUUGCUAGUUGGGACUCCCAGGUUGGAAACGUGCACAUCGGAAACCAAACACAUAACAGGCUAAUACUUACAUAGGUAUUAUCUAGAGAGUACACAAAUGAUGAACUUCUACUUCUACGAAAUAAGCGAUGCAUAAUUCCUUCAAAGAAACAAGUAACGCUAAUAUAAACAUAACACACACUUGUGACCAUUUAACUUUUAUCUGACGGAAGUAUAGAAAUAAACACAAAAUAAAUGUAAUCUCGAAGAAAAGGAAAGCGCCCAGUAUAACAGCAGCUUAGUACAUCAGAAGAAAGCCAACAGGCGAAAAGUUGUGUGUAGCAGAAAAUUCGCCAGAAUACGUAACAAAAACUCAUUCGAAAAGUGAAAAUCAAAGUGCAAAAACCCCACAGCAGAAGCAACUAAAAUUAGAAAACGAACAUCAAUUAUCUGCUUAGCAGCAGGUGUAGGGGAUAAAAGUAAACAGACAGGAUAACCAGGCGACGGACGUCAGAAUACAAAACACAACGGGUUGCUUGUUAACCACUACCACUUGAGCCGUUACGAACGUGUGAUCUGACUGACUGCUGUAUAAGUGUGUGAGUGGAAAACCGACAAGGCAACGAAAUUGGAUUAGAGCUGUAGAAUCGAACAAAUCUGACGUUGUACUUAGUGCAAACAGUAUUGCCCAGUGUGUGUGUGUGCGUACGAAUGUGCUGGUAACAGGGCAAGUGGGCGCAUAACGGAACCUGGCGGAAGCUUAAGAGCUUUGAGCGCAACAAAUUACAUAUUCGCAAGUGUCCAGGAACUUGAAGUGAAUGAGGGCGCACGUUUCAGCAAAUGUAUACUUGGUACAUGUACCUACUUGUGAACAAAAUUGACAGCCGAUCGAAGAUAGUUACUGUCAAUUAAACCUGUAAGUUUAACGGAACGCAAAAACGCGCACAAGCACUGAUGUAUGUAGUUACUAAAAACAUAUCUUGAGUCAGGCAAUGUAGGAGCGAGUAACUGUAUGCCAAAUGUGAGUGAACGGCUAUUGAACUGGUUGCGCUCAUGCCAAUGAUUUCCUCAAGAAAUUUCAUAUAUGAGCAGCAACAACAAAAUCAACAACCUAACACAUACCUAAUUAAAAAUGACAGAUGUGUCACCGACAGCUGCACCAACAGCAACGACAACGCCAACCGCAGCAGGCACUGCAACAUCUCCGGUUGCCACGACAGCAGAUGGCGACUUAACUGGCUCUUUGCUCAAAAGCAAAGUUAGCUCUAUCGAUGACCCCGAUGCCAGCAUAAAUAAAUCUUUUACAAAUGGAGAUGGUCAUCACGUGGACAAAUUGCCGUCACUUAUAAAAACUGAUAAGCCACACUUGAAUCAAAACAACAACGAGGGUGUAGUCGAUAGCGGCGACAGCAUGACAACCAGCUUGUCCAGCAAACGCUCCUCUUGCGGUUCAGUUCACUCACCCACAGCAGACGGAACGAGUUCGCGUGAACGCACACAAUCCACCGACAAUGGCGCCACCACUACCAGUACCAGCAACAACAGCGCAACUAACUCGAUAUCCGCUUGUGACAUGGCGACGCUAAAGCAUUCCCCCAGCAAUAGCGCAGACAAUACGGCUCUCAAUUCGCCGGUGAGUUGUUGUAGUCCGAUUGCGCACGCGACGACGCCGACGAUGCCGACGACGACAACUGCAGCAGCGGCCGAGCGGGCAGCCGCAUGCAGUAAUGGCGGCAAAGUUGCCCGACGUGAAGCCACGCAACAAGAAGUAGACGAAGUGGCGCGUUUGUUCGAGGAAAAGCCGGAAGCAUUCGAGAAAUGGCUGAUGGAGCGUGCACCGCCAGAGGCAUUGGCGCGAUUGCAUGAAUUCAUCGAUUCCCGAAAACCCCCGAAACGACCAUCAGUGACAUCCGAUCUGUUUCAGCAAUGGAUGGCGGCGUCACCUGUGCCGCAGAAAUCCCAAUCUCGCUCACUGUCCACAUCCUCUGGCAAUUCAGUACUGGAUAGUCGACGACAUUUAAUGGAAUUGGAUGAAGGUGAACUAUUCAUGGAGUUGAUUCGUGAUGUGGCCAAUGAAUUGGACAUUGAUGUGCUGUGUCAUAAAAUUCUCGUGAAUGUGGGGCUGCUUACUCAUGCAGAUCGUGGCUCAUUGUUUUUGGCCAAGGGACCACCGAACAAUAAAUACCUGGUUGCAAAGCUCUUCGAUGUGACACAAAAGACAGCGCUCAAGGAUGCUGUUAAGAAGGCUAAAUUGGAAGAGAUACGAAUACCGUUCGGCGUUGGCAUUGCCGGCAUGGUGGCGCAAACUAAGGAGACGAUCAACAUAAAGGAAGCAUACAAGGAUGCACGUUUCAACUGUGAGAUAGAUUUAAAGACUGGCUAUAAAACGAAUGCAAUAUUAUCGAUGCCCAUUUGUAAUUACGAAGGUGAUGUUAUUGGAGUAGCACAAAUUAUCAAUAAAACGAAUGGUUCCAUGGAAUUUAGCGACCAUGAUGUAGAGAUCUUUCGUCGUUACCUGACCUUUUGUGGCAUUGGCAUACAAAAUGCCCAACUAUUCGAGAUGUCCGUCCAGGAAUAUCGACGCAAUCAAAUACUUUUGAGCUUGGCGCGCAACAUAUUCGAAGAGCAAAACAAUUUGGAAUGCUUGGUAACGAAAAUUAUGACUGAAGCGCGUGAGUUGCUGAAAUGCGAAAGAUGCGCGGUGUUUUUAGUGGAUUUGGAUUGCUGUGAAGCGAGUCACUUGGAGAAGAUUAUUGAAAAGCCAAAUCAACUUCAAAGUCGAUUAACUCGCGCCAUUAAAGAUGUUGAGGACGAUGAAAAGGAUGACAAGCAAAAGACGCGCACCCGCUUUACGGUGCUUUUCGAGCUGGGCGCCUCCAAUCAAUCGGCCAACAUUUCUCGUCCCUCCGUCAAUGAUCUAUGCAAUUCCACGUUGGCGCAGAUUGCACAAUUUGUUGCGACAACCGGUCAGACGGUAAACAUUAGCGAUGUACAUGAGUGGGUGCGCGAGCAUAAUCAGAUCCGUACUGAGAACGAGAUGGACGCCACGAAGGCGAUUCUAUGUAUGCCGAUAGCGAAUGCGCAAAAAACGGUAAUAGGUGUGGCGCAGCUGAUCAAUAAGAGCACUGGUCUGCCUUUUACCGACUCAGAUGUUUCAAUUUUCGAAGCUUUCGCUAUAUUUUGUGGCCUGGGCAUACACAAUACGCAAAUGUAUGAGAAUGCUUGCAAACUAAUGGCCAAGCAGAAGGUGGCAUUGGAAUGUUUAUCUUAUCAUGCGACCGCUAGUGCGGAGCAUACUAACAAGCUGGUCAGCGAUAAAAUUGAGUCGGCCGAAAAAUAUGAUCUUUAUAGUUUUAAGUUUAUUGACUUUAAUCUCUGUGAUGAUGACACCUGUCGCGCUGUCUUGCGCAUGUUUCUACAAUGCAAUCUAGUCGCACAAUUUCAAAUACCCUAUGAAGUACUUUGCCGUUGGGUGUUGAGUGUACGCAAGAAUUACCGUCCCGUUAAAUACCACAAUUGGCGUCAUGCACUCAACGUGGCUCAAACUAUGUUCGCUAUGCUGAAGACUGGCAAAAUGGAACGCUUCAUGACUGACUUGGAAAUACUAGGUCUCCUGGUGGCCUGUUUGUGUCACGAUCUCGAUCAUCGUGGCACAAAUAAUGCAUUUCAAACCAAAACCGAAUCACCAUUGGCUAUUUUGUAUACGACAAGCACCAUGGAGCAUCACCACUUCGAUCAGUGUGUAAUGAUUUUAAAUUCGGAAGGCAAUAAUAUAUUUCAGGCACUUUCGCCCGAGGACUAUCGCUCUGUUAUGAAAACCGUGGAAAAUGCUAUACUCUCCACCGAUCUGGCGAUGUAUUUUAAGAAGCGUAAUGCUUUCCUGGAGCUCGUGGAAAAUGGCGAAUUCGAUUGGCAGAGUGAAGAGAAGAAGGAGCUGUUAUGCGGCAUGAUGAUGACCGCCUGUGACGUGAGUGCCAUAGCAAAGCCUUGGGAGGUGCAGCAUCGACUAGCCAAGCUGGUUGCAGAUGAAUUUUUCGAUCAAGGUGAUCUAGAGAAGCUACAAUUGAACACACAACCAAUCGCAAUGAUGGAUCGUGAGCGCAAAGAUGAAUUGCCCAAAAUGCAGGUAGGAUUCAUAGACGUCAUCUGCUUGCCGCUAUAUCGCGUUCUUUGCGACACUUUUCCCUGGAUAACACCACUGUAUGAAGGCACGCUAGAAAAUCGACGCAAUUGGCAAGACUUAGCUGAGAAAGUGGAAAUGGGUUUGACUUGGAUAGAUCAUGAUACGAUUGAUAAACCAGUGGAGGAAUUUGCCGGUUGCGCCGAUGAGGAGAUUAAGGAUAUUGAAUUCACGGUGACCACACUCAAUUGUCAUCCGCAACAACAGCAUGGCGAUGAUGCCUCCACGCCGGAACACCAUCGCGGCAGCACACGACUGAGUAUCAAAAAGACCGGCGCGCUCGGCAAAGCGGUGCGUUCGAAGCUAACAAAAACGCUCUACAACAGCAUGGAUGGCGUCAAACAAAAAUCAUCCUUCAAGCUAUUAGACACUCAUGUGAGUGAAGAUUUAGAUGAUAAAAGUCCAACAAGUCCUUCACAGCCCACGGCAGCAGGCCCCGGUCACAUUUCUGCUUCGUCGUCGACCUCGUCGGCGGGUACUGUCGGCACGGCCGAGAAGUCAAAGAAGCGCUCCAAGCUGUGCUCGCUAUUGUGACGAAAGUCCUCCAAUUAGAAUUUGGUGACCUCCACCGACAAGCACAGCAGCGGUGGAGGGUCGACCGAUGUCUAAUUGGAUAAGAGUUUGGAGUAAAAAAUUUUUCCAAUCACUCACAGCAAAGAAAAGCAUUUUUUGAGUUGUGCAUGGAUGUUAUGUGCUUCUCGCAAAAGUAGAGUAGGCAGAGAAAAGGGAAAAAAAGAGCUAAAAAACCAAACAAGUAAAUAAACGAAUCAAAAUUUUUAAUGAAAAUGAAUGAAACACUGGAUCAAAAAGAAAAUAGAUGAAAUUUUAAAUAGGAAUAAGGAUUCGGCUAAUGCAAGAAAGUCAAAAUAAAAAAUUUUAUAUUUUUAUUUUUUGGUUUUCAAAAGCGUUUGGGGUCGAAAUAUCAGCAAUACGAAAUUAAAAGAUUAAAGAUCUAUUUAUAUUAAAACUUAUUAAAGGAAAACAAACGAGUAAAUAAAGUCUACGUUCAUACAGGCAGCGACAAAAAUAUGCAUACCCUGACGUUUUAACGAUUUUAUUUAUUUAUAUUUACCAUGCAGAAUGUUUCUUCUCUUUUAUAUGAAGCAACACCCUCUGCGAAAAAAAAUUUCAAAAAUCAUUGCUAAUUUUGGGCGCCUUGAAACUUGCACUUUAUUAUACUAAAAUUUA